CUCACCGGAGACGAAGACGAAGGAAAACUCAAACCCCGAAGAAAAACCGACACCCCAUUACGCAAAAAUGUCUAGGAACUUAAGACCUCCACAACUGAUAGUUCCAGUAGAGGAACAUUUUACGGGACGUAUCACUUGGCGCGACAGUUGGUACUUUCCAAAGAUUAAAGCAAAAUUUAUACAGUGUGGUUUAUUGGAUAGGGUGAAGGAAUCCCCUUUCAAACAGUUCUUCAUGGCAGAACCAUUAAAUUUUUCUGGUGUCUUAGUCCAUCAGCUGUUGUUGCACAAAUUCAGAGGGGAGAAGACUGACGAAGUCCAGUUUUAUAUUGGGAAAAAACGAUGUAGAUUUAGCCAAUUGGAGUUCGCUUUAGUUACUGGUUUAAAUUUCGAGGCCGGACCGUCUGAAGCUGAGAUUAAAGCGAAGACCACUUCGGAUCGGUUGAUUCUUGAGUACUUCAAUGGUCAUUCCCCAGUGAGCAUAGGGCAACUGCGCAGAACUUUUGAGAGUUGUCAAAUAGUUGAUGAUGUGUACAAGAUGAGUUUGUGUUUAUUAGUAGAGGGUGUUUUGAAAGGUCGUGAGGAGAAGUUGAUGGUUUGGACUGACAUGCUGAAGAUGGUAGAUGACGUUGAAUUCUUUUUCCAAUAUGCUGUGAGAUUGGGCCAAGGCAUUCCAAGAAUGAUCAACUGGCAGAGCAAGGAGAAAGUAGAGAUACACAAAGAGCAACUUAUUAAGUUGUUUUCCAAAAAGCAGUUGGCAGUAUACCCCUACCUGUGUGCCCGACCUACUAAAGAACAGUAUGUGAGGACCCUUACAGACAAUGAAGCCCCAUUGUAUGUGGACAUGGGACCUGAUGAUGUAGAUGAUCACAUUUUUCGCACACCAGAGGAUAUGCAAAUUACUGUAAUCGGAGAUACUGAAGAUUCUGAGGGUCAGGACAAUCAGGAAAAUCAUCAUGAAAUGGCAUCUGUGCUACAUGAUCAACUGUCGGUAUGA